GCAAGAUGAGGAAAACGAGAGGAAGCGCAAGGAGGACGAAGAGAAAGAGAGAAUAAGGAAAGACGAAGAAACCAAGCGCAAUGAAUGGAGGAAGGAGAGAGAGAAGUUGGCGGCGGAGAUGGCCGCUAGGUUGGACAAGCGCUUUGAGGAAUUUGGGUUGAAGAAGAAAGACGAGCAGGGUGGGGUGAAUCAACCUGAUGAGGUUGCACGACUGAAAAAGGAGAAUAACGAACUCCUUAGAAGAUUGAAUGGCGCGGGUGGCAAUCAGGAGUUGGAGGGUGAGGUGGCGCGUCUCAAACGUGAAAAUGAAGAGCUAAAACAAAAAACCUAUUGGGAUGGAACCAGUGCAAGGGAGAUCGAAAACACCGAGAUGGCGCGUUUGAAACGUGAAAACGAGGAGUUGAAGAGGAAGCUGAGCAGGGAAGGAACCAGUCGGAAGGAGGGAGACAGCGUGUCCAAAUUGCAGAAUGAAAUUUAUGAGUUACGUAAACUGGUGGACAAUAAGCAGAUGGAGGGGGACGAGAUCUUCGUGCUUAAGCAGGAGUUGGGUAAGCUGAAGCAGCAGAAUGAGAAGGCCGUGGAAGAAGCUAGAUUAUGGAAGGAUGAAGCAAUGAGGCCAGGUAAUAAGCGCGGUAAAGUGGCAAUGGGCACCCCAGGACUUGCAGAUCGAGGCUCCCCGAGACCUCGAUGGACGGACAACUUGAGGAAGGAUGAUAAGUGGAAAGAGGAAUAUAUGAAGCUGCAGAGUCUACAUAAGCUGGCGAACGUGGAGGCGCAAUUGCUAAAGGAAAAGAGAGUGAUGGCCAAAGCCAAGAGGAUGGAGGCGGAAAAACAGGUGAAGGAUCAGGAGGAGAAGAUGAGUCGUCUUAAAGCUGUUGAAGGGGAAAAGGGGACGGAAGGCGGAGGAACGAACCUCAAAGAAAGGUUGGAUGCAAUAGCGCUUGGAUCAGUAAGAAGAGGAAGGAAAACGACGCCUGUACGUGGUCCAGUGGAGGUGAUGUUUGAUAAAGCGAAAGAUGUUAAUAAUCGUUUUCAAUUUAUUAAAGAUCAGAAGAAGCAGUUGCGCAACCUGAGAAAGGCGGGGCUGGAACCGACGUGUAAAGAGGCUGGGAUUCGUGUAGGUAAGGUCGAGCAAAUGAUUUGUGAGCUUGCUGAAUAUUGGGCAGAUCAAGCCUUCGGUACGGCAAGGGAUGGUGAUCCAGGUUCUUAAGGCAAGAAACAGGUGGUGGAGGUGGAUGACGAUUCGGAACUGAAAGACUCAUCUAGAUCUGAGGAAGGGGACGAGAGGUCGGUUGAACUAUGAGGUGUUUUCUCGGAUGUGGCUAAAUUGUGGUUGCUGACGAAUGAAUGCCGGAAAAAGCGUGAGGGCGCGGGUCUGCUAGCAGAGAGAUUAGGGAAAUCGCUUGGUGAUGAUCAGUCUAACACCUCGCCUAAUUCAUCCGAUCCCUCCACCACAUCGACGUCCUUUUCUCCUUCGCACUCCCCUUCCUUCCCGUCCUCUACUUCUCUUUCCCACCUCCCUUCGUCCUCGCUAGUUGGGUCAUCCACGGACUCUGCCUUUUAUCUACGUGAUAAAUCCUUUA